UGGGAGUGCUGGUUCCCGGGUCACUGCUCUCCCCUGUGCUCAGGGUGUCAGGCAAGGCGAGCUCCUGCACCUGCAGGAUGGGACUGCUCGCCCCGUCUGUGGGGUUGAGCUUGUAUGUGGAGGAAGGAGGUUGUACCCACUUCUUGGAAGCUCCUGACCACUUGCCAACAUGGUAGUUUUCACAUGCAAUGCAUGUGGAGAAGCUGUGAAGAAAGCACAGGUUGAAAAGCAUGUGAACAUCUGCAGAAACUGUCAGUGCCUGUCUUGCAUGGAUUGUGGCAAGGAUUUCUGGGGUGAUGACUAUAAGGAACAUGUGAAGUGCAUAAGUGAAGACCAGAAAUAUGGUGGAAAAGGUUUUGAAGCCAAAACUAACAAAGGAGAUGCCAAACAGCAGGAGUGGAUUCAGAAAAUCCAUGAAGUAAUGAAGAAACCAAAUAUAAGCCCUAAAGUGCGGAACAUCCUGGAGCAGAUGCGUGCCUUUGAUAACAUUCCAAGAAAAAAAGUAAAGUUUCAGAAUUGGAUCAAGAACAGUUUGAGAAUUACUGACAGCACUUUACAAGAUCAGGUGUGGGAUGUUUUCUCAGAAGCAACCAGAAAGAUUUCAAAUGAAAAAGAACAGGACAAACCACAACAGAAGGAAGAGCGCCAGUCUGCAGAAACUGAGGAAAAAACAGAGGCAGAAGAAAAUGGAAUUACAGAUGAUAAAGUUGAGAGGAAAAAGAAUAAGAGAGAACGAAAAGAAGAGAGACAAAAGAACAAAAAAAAGGAGAAAAAAGAUUUGAAAUUAGAAAACCAGUCAGAGGUAAAAAAGAGUAAAAAGUCCAAGAAAGGAAAGGAGAGCGUGGAGAAUGAAUUUGAAACAAAUGGAAAUGGCCAUCAGAGUGAAGUUGAAGAGGAAACAAAAGUAAAGAAACGCAAACAUAAACAUGUAGAAGCUCCAGAGGAACCUCCUAUCAAAACAAAGAAAAUGAAAACCGAAAACACCAAUGACAACAAAAAAAGUGUGGAAACUAAUAAAGUUAAAUUCAACUGGAACGGAACCAUCAAAGCUGUUCUGAGACAGGCUCCAGACAACGAAAUUUCAAUUAAAAGACUAAGGAAAAAGGUUAUAGCUCAUUUUUACGCAGUAGGUGCUGAACAGUACAAAUCAGAAGAGGAGAUCCUUGUCACAUUUAAUAAGAAAGUGAAUAACAAUCCCAAAUUUAAAGUUCGGAAGGACAAAGUGAAACUUGUGAAAUAAAAGUUUGCAUACUUUGCUGUUGUGUUUUAAUCUUGCAGAGGGAGUCAAACUCUUCUGUCACCUGUACAAAUACUAUGCAUUGGUCUGGAAUUGUAUAUGUGAAAGCAGAAUUUAACUUUUAAUACUGGGCUCGUUUUUCUAGAUUGAUCACAGAACAUUUUCAGAUACUUUAUUUUUUGAUUUUAUGGAAAAUGUAUAUUUUCUGGUACAAGUUUUAAGAGACAUUGACAAUAAUUACUGCCUACUGUAUUAAAAUUCUCCCAGUAAUGGAUAUAAUUUAUAGGCAUGAACGUUUUACCUGGACCUAGGUUGUGUGGCUUUUUGCAGAAACUAUUUUAAGAGCAAAGAGGAUUUUCAUAUUAAAAAACCCACUGUGGAAUAAAUGUUUUGUUAUGUUCAAAUCCAAAAUGGCAUGACUGAUAUCCCCUUUACACAGUGUAGCUAGUGUAUGCAGGCUUUGAUAAACCGCUAAGUCCGUGUUGUAAAAUGCGUAAUUAUAGUGUCUCAGAUUUGUGUGUGCAAUAUUGCACAUUCAGUGAAAAUCUAAAGACUGAGUUACCUGGAUAUGCACUGCUACUGGAAGUCUUGAUUAGUAAUGCAACUGCCUUCAAUAUAAGUGGUUACAUGGACCAAAAAUUGACUGAUGAAACCAAUUACUUUAAAAUACCACCUUAAAUAUAAUAAAUCUUGUCACUUUAUGAUUGUAUAAUAAAUCCACAGAUUAUAAAUUAUUUGAAGAGGCUGUUACAGUGCAGUCACCAAAACAAUUUAAGUAGUCCAGAUUUGUUACACAUAUGUAAGAGACAGAGUUGCCUGGGGAAAGUUACUUGAAGUUUUAUAGGUUUUUACUGAAAUGCAAAAUACUUCCAUCUAGAAAGUUUCCUACCAUGAAAUAGUCUGUUACAAACAGUGGUAGAAAACAGUUGAUGGUAUGGUGUUUAUUUUAAAAAAUUGCUUAGUGAUUUCAAGUAGGUACACUUCUAUAAAACUCCAUAGUAAAAAAUAUCUGAAUUUAUAGAAAUAUUGAAUAUAUUAAAAGUAUUAAUAUGAAAAAAUUACCUGUCUGAUACACUGGGUCCCGUUUUUCUGAGUACAUAUUUGUUUUAUAGAAGUUGCAAUAAAAGCACCUAAUAAA